AUGAACAAACCAAUUAAUGAUUACUCCCUUUGCGAAAAAGAGUAUGCUUUCAUUGAAUACUACAUUAAUUCAAAGAUUUUUAUCUAUCUAUCUAUCUAUCUAUCUAUCUAUCUAUCUAUCUAUAUAUAUAUAAUGAUGAAAUGGGCUAAUGUUUAUACUUACAUAUCUAUCUAUCUAUCUAUCUAUCUGUACAGUAAAAAUAGAAAACUUCUUUCUAUCUAUCUAUCUAUCUAUCUAUCUAUCUAUCUAAGUCUAUUUACAUGUAAGUCUAUUAAGUUUUAUUUCAUUCGAUCGAUCUCAAUUUUUCUGUUUAUCUAUCUAUCUAUCUAUCUAUCUAUUAAGAUCUAUUUCAUUCGAUCUGUCUCAGUUUUUUCUGUUUAUCUAUCUAUCUAUUUAUCUAUCUAUCAUGCGUUAUCACAGCCUGUUACUAUCUAUCUAUCUUUUCAUUCAUCAGUUCAUAUAUGUAAUCCUAUAACAGCCUUCCUUCCUUCCUAUGUAUUCAUCUUUUCUAUAUAUAAUCCUAUAUCAGUCUUUCUUUCUUUUUGUCUGUCUCUAUGUCUGUCUGUCUGUCUUUCUUUUUUUCUAUCUUUAUUUAUUUAUUUCUAUCCCAGUCUGUUCAUAUAUAUAAUCCUAUAUCAGCUUUUUUCCAUUCUUUCUUUCUUUCUUUCUUUCUUUCUUUCUUUCUUUCUUUCUUUCUUUGCAGAGUUUGUGUGUUAA